AUUCAAAAAAACAAAGAGGGCUUUGUAUCACAACCAAAUUUCCCUCUCAUUUUCACGGAAAAAAGAAAAAAAUACAGAAAGUAUCCGAAAGAAAAGAAAAUAUCUCACCGAACAUCAAUUUUCUGAGAAAAUCUCCAUGGAACAAUCUACUGCUCAGCGUAGGCUCCAAGCUAUACAGUGCCACCUCAUUGACAACGACGAAACUCACGCUCAGACGCAGUCUCAGGUUCAGUACAAUCUCACGGCUGACAAAUUUUUUCACAGCCAGAGGUACAGCGUGGUUCUGCCUGAGAAACUUCAAACAGGGAAAUGGAAUGUGUAUAGAUCUGCACGCUCACCUUUGCAGCUUGUCAGUAGGUUUCCAAAGCAUCCAGAAAUUGGGACAUUGCAUGAUAACUUCAUACGUACUGUUGAGACUUAUCCAGAUUACAAAUACUUGGGUACACGAGUUAGGGUUGAUGGAACAGCUGGAGAGUACAAAUGGAUGACAUAUGGAGAAGCAAGUACUGCUCGGCAAGCAAUAGGCUCUGGCCUUCAGCAUUAUGGAUUAAUGAAAGGAGUUUGCGUUGGUCUAUAUUUUAUAAACAGACCAGAAUGGUUGAUCGUGGAUCAUGCUUGCUCAGCAUAUUCUUAUAUUUCAGUUCCUUUAUAUGACACUCUUGGUCCAGAUGCUGUUAAGUAUGUAAUCAAUCAUGCCGAAAUACAGGCAAUUUUUUGUGUCCCACAGACUUUGAACAUGCUAUUGAGCUUCAUUUCUGAGAUUCCAUCUGUAUGUCUCAUAGUGGUGGUGGGAGGGGUGGAUGAACACUUACCCGUGCUUCCAUCAACAUCAAGAGUUGAGCUCAUAACAUUUUCAAAACUUCUAAGUCAGGGCCGCAGUAGUCUUCAGCCUUUUUGCCCUCCAAACCCUGAGGAUAUUGCAACCAUAUGCUAUACUAGUGGUACCACUGGAACACCAAAGGGAGUUGUCUUGACACAUGGAAAUUUAAUUUCAAGUGUUGCUGGGUUCAGUUAUUUGGUCAAAUUUUAUCCAUCAGACAUUUACAUAUCUUAUCUUCCUUUGGCACACAUCUAUGAGCGAACUAACCAGAUUAUAUCAGUGUACUAUGGCGUUGCUAUUGGUUUCUACCAAGGGGACAAUAUGAAGUUGAUGGAUGAUUUAUCUGCUCUAAAACCAACCAUAUUUUGCAGUGUUCCACGGUUGUAUAACCGAAUUUAUGCUGGAAUCACAAAUGCAGUAAAGACUUCUGGGACUCUUAAGGAGAAGUUAUUCACGGCUGCAUUCAACUCCAAGAAGCAAGCUAUAAUGAAUGGCCGAAAUCCAUCACCAAUCUGGGACAGACUGGUGUUUAAUAAGAUAAAGGAAAAGUUAGGUGGCCGAGUCCGUUUUAUGGGCUCAGGUGCUUCACCUUUGUCUCCAGAUGUAAUGGAUUUUUUGAAGGUGUGCUUUGGCUGUCAAGUAAUUGAAGGAUAUGGUAUGACUGAGACUUCUUCUGUCAUAAGCUGUAUGGAUGAUGGUGACAACUUAUCUGGUCAUGUUGGGUCUCCUAAUCCUGCAUGUGAAGUGAAACUUGUUGAUGUUCCUGAAAUGAACUACACUUCUGAGGAUCAGCCUUAUCCUCGUGGUGAAAUCUGUGUCAAGGGUUCCAGUGUGUUCCAGUGCUACUACAAAGAUGAAGUUCAAACGAGAGAAGUAAUGGAUGAAGAUGGUUGGCUGCAUACGGGAGAUAUUGGACUGUGGUUAAGUGGGGGUCGUCUUAAGAUUAUUGAUAGGAAAAAAAACAUAUUCAAGUUGGCACAAGGAGAGUAUGUAGCCCCAGAGAAGAUCGAGAAUGUAUAUGCGAAGUGCAAGUAUAUUUCUCAGUGUUUUAUCUAUGGUGAUAGCUCGAAUUCUUGUUUAGUAGCUGUUGUUGCGGUGGAUCCUGAUGUUUUAAAAGCUUGGGCUGCAUCUGAAGGAAUCGAGUUUGAGAAUUUAGAACAGUUGUGCAAUGAUCCAAGAGCAAGAAGAGUUGUUCUUGCUGAGAUGGAUGCCAUUGGAAAGGAAGACCAGUUGAGAGGUUUUGAAUUUGCAAAAUCUGUAACUUUGGUGCCAGAACCAUUCUCUGUCGAGAAUGAUCUUCUCACUCCAACAUUCAAGAUCAAGAGGCCACAAGCUAAGGCUCACUUUGCCAAAGCAAUAUCCAACAUGUAUGCUGAGCUUUCAUCUUCAAAUACUACACCGACAACAAUGUCUCGCAUAUAGGUUCCUAUUUGCAAUACGAAUGUGAUUGUCUAAUAAAAUCUUAUGAUUUGAUUGUUGUAACUCAUAUAUACUCCAGAUAUAUUGGUGCUAGAGAAAAGUUCAUGCCAUUCUGUUGUAACAUGCAUUGUGAUACUUAUUUUUUCACCCUUGUCUAUGGUCAUGAGUGGCCUAAAUGUGGAAUAAGCUUAAACUAGAGUGUAUAUAGUAAUAUUGGGAAAUUCAGCUGUCUUAAUUUUUUGUUCUA